AUGAAGGAUAUGAAAGAGCUCUUGAAAAUACUUGGAGUGGGGAGUUUGGAGCUUGGUCUGUGCAUCAAUAAGAGCAAGACCAAGUUAAUGAUAGUUGACCGCUCCGGAAAUCUGCUCGACACCGCCAAUAUACCAUCCGUAGACAUCGUGGAGGAUUACAUCUAUCUAGGCUCCCAAAUAUACAACGAUGGUAGUGGUGUGCCGGACAUAAAAAGACGCAUAGCAAUGGCGAAAAGUGCUAUGAUACGGGUUGGUAGUAUAUGGAAAAAUCGAGGCAUAACAUUCAACACUAAGAGCCGCUUGGUCCGUGCCUUGAUUUUCCCUAUAUUCAUGUACGGAGCUGAAACGUGGACCAUCAAAGCAGGAGAAAGGCAAAGGAUAGACGCCUUCGAGAUAUGGUGUUGGAGGCGCAUGUUGAGAAUACCCUGGACAGCCAAGCGCACAAGUGUGUCCAUCCUGGUGCAGCUAGGAGUUAGUGUUCGACUUUCCUCUAUAUGUUACCAACGUUUGCUUUCUUAUUUCGGGCACAUAAUGUGGCGGGGGAAUAGUUGCGGACACCGAAGGCAAAAGACCUAG